GUUCUACAUUAUUUCACAGUAUUUUAAUUGUAACCAAUAGCAUGCCAAGGAAUCACGUCCCGCCUGGUUUUAAUUGAUGUCCGGAGUAGAUAGUGAAUCCGAAGUGAAUGUCGUCACCCACCAGUUAUGGAGGAAGACGAGACAUCAAUACCAUUGUAAAACGCUAUUAAACCAAAAUUUAAGAAAGGCUCGCGACAGAAAUAACCACCAUAAUAUAUUUACAAUAACAUAAUGAAAAGCUCUUCCCCUAGCGUAUAUUUGUACUCAACUAUGGCCGCUGCAAUAACUUAAACCAAAUCCUACGAUUGCUUACUGGUUAACAUAGGUUGGAUUGCGGUACAGGACACGGCUGUGUCAGGCCCGCUUUUGCGAAGCAGUGCUACAUCCUCGUCACUCCCGACCGUCGUGGCUACGAUGCUCGGCCGUGACGAGUCCUAGCAGGCGAUGCUCGACUUCUGCGAAUCCACCAUUGGCGGCGGAAGGAGAGAGGGAGAUCCCUUCUUUCCUCCAGGAGUCGGAGGAACGCGUUGGUCCAACUUCGGCACCUGUGAGGAGGCAGUCUCCUCCCGGUGAUGGUAACGAGAGGACCAGAGGGGUUCGAGGCUGCGCCACACACUACUGUCACGCUAGUACGCUGGCACCAGGAGGAUGAGACGGCGCGUCGGCGACUGCGGUCUGUGGUGCGGUCCGCGUUGCCGUCGCCGGACGUACUGUGUAAGAAGAGCAACCCGGUCGACAGUAUAUCAAAUUCCGACCCGGCAGGCUGGUUUUGACCUAGGGGGUGUCUCGAAACACGGGACGGACGGGCCGCUGCACCAGAGAGACCGGCAUCAUUGGUCGACUAUGACCUCGACGACCCAUCGGUCGGGCGUCCCCAAAGUGGCACCGCGAGUCUGGUUGUAGUGUUGACCGCGGGAACCCCCUACUCUUCGGGAGUUCUGACCCGUAGUCGUUUGAUUCGGUAAGGCCCUAAAAUAUCCUUGGGCCCGCGGUCUGCUCCCAACAUCUGCAGACGUUCAAGCCCCACAAACCUCGCGUGCCACCUAGGCGGGAAUACCUCGUAAGAAGUGUGACCGAAAAAAAAAAGGUUGGGUUCGAUAACACGGUAAUGAUGGUCUAAAUUAUAUUAAACUUGGUGAGAAAAGAAUAAAAAGGUUGUCAAUAAAAUAAAAUAAAAACCUAGAAUUGUUCAGUUACAGUCUAUUUGUACGCGCAGCCGCUACGUCCGCAACAACACACAUUAUACAUAUUUGUCCAGGCGUUCAUUGCGAUGCAAAUUAGAAACACGACACUGAUGUGCUAUGUUUUAACGAAACGUGUGUGUUUUGUGACGCUCCCACAGGAACACGACCUGCAGCUAGCUGCUGACUACUCACUGCUGUCAGUAAGUUUGUUAAGCAGUUCAAGGUAAGAAUGUACGGUAGAGUCGUGCGUUAGGGCUUGAAGGGUUAUGUCCAAUACAAUUGAAUCCAGCUCGGUGUUGCUGUAGUUAGCCCCCUAACUACUCGUACGUGCUAGGUCGAGGGUCGUGACCAACAAGUUGCCUAAUUCUUUGUCUUGGUGCUUACUAUUAAUGUCUGUCUAUAUCUGUUUUGAUGAAAGCUUUUUCAGCUUCGCUCUGAAGGCGGGCGAGCGUGGGCACAGCCCGGUGAAAUGGGAUUCUCUAGCUCAAAGGCAGUUGUUUCGCGAAUUGUAUUUACUACCGGAUCGGCAUCGCGACUGCUGAGAAGAACCUGCGAUUAACUUAGCGGGCUGUUGUUAUGGGUUAAAUUCAACAUCGAACUUUUCGAUAAGUUCAACGAUGCACGAUAGCACGAUAAGCCACAAUAAUAGGAUAAUCGACGCUAGUAAUAGACGUGCCGCCGACCGUGAUAACACAAAUGACUCAUAUAUAUAAUACAUAUUGAAUCUUCAGUAUUCGCUAUACAAGAUCAGGCAGUAAUUACGAGACAAAUAGAAAGAGAUAUUCUAAAGAAAUUCUUCAAUGGUAAGUGUCGCCUAUGCCUAGCAAAAGACGAGUCCAUAGAGCACAUAAUCUCGGGAUGUGAAAAACUGGCCGGCACUUACUAUGUGAACAGACAUAACAACAUAGGAAAGUAUAUUUGGUGGACAAUAGGAAGAAAACACAAUUAUGAAAUAGACCCGCUAUGGUGGAAGGCGAAUUUGACUCAACCUCGGAUAAAAGAAAGCAGCUCCGCGAAGCUAAUGUAGGAGAUACCAGUGCAGACGGACGUUACAAUAAAGCACAAUAGACCAGACAUUAAUAUACAUAGACAAGACAGAAAAUAAAACCUACUUAAUAGAUAUAACUGUACCAUCUGGCUACAAUACAGAACCAAAAGAACUGGAAAACUUAGUAAAUACCACCCCUUAAAAGUAGAACUAACAUGACUCUGGAAUACACACACAGAAACCAUCCCCAUAGUAAUAGGCGCAACAGGCGUAGUGGCAAAAAGUAUAUGACGGCGUUAACGAUAUUUAUGUUAUAUAGCACGUGCAAUAGGAGUGACUCACACAAGCCAGGCGCGCCGUCCGUGUCGUUCCACUCGUAAACAACAGCUACAUCAGAAGUGAGAUCAGGACUCUACUCUCACUGGCGUGACGUGUUUGAACAUGUUCGAAGUACAGCAAAAAAAAACAUGAUGCAGAUCAGAAUACUAGUAGUGGUACGCCACAUGAACGUGAAUGCAGCAUACGUAAGUCGUGUAAUAACGUCUCUGUUACCUCGAUGGAAGAUCUGAGCCACGAAGAAAUCGUCACAUCUUACGUUCUGGCUCAUGUUGCCCAGUUUGACUGUCGACGUCAUCACAUGGCGUUUACUAACGGAAAUACAACACGUAACAAGCUAUUGCAAGAAAUUAAGGCAAGUGCAAAUCUCAAGUGAAACUUCGAUCGCAAUAAUGGAUCUGUCAUGACGAGUGGGUAGUUCCGACACGAAUCGUUUUUAAGCCAAUGACUAUUGCUAGAGUUAUAUGGCACUAGUACAGUAAACCAGGACAUGAGACUGUGAAUUGUCGCUGAAAUUUUAGAAUCUACUCGAUUCAAUACCAAUAACACUACACGUUCGAUGACUUCGGGCUCCAGCAAGCAAGCAAACAAGAAAGCAAGCAAGUUUCCGUGGGGAAGAGAAAUUGACACAUCUGAAGUCGUCGUGACCUGUAAGAUAAGACGUCCGGUGCGUUCGUGUCUGGCGAUGCGGCGGUGUUCGGGUUCCGCUGGCGGAUGCAGGUUUUUCCGGUGAAGUGCGUGCUUGUGCGUGCUUGACAAGUGUUCGUGGUUGGCUUCCUCAGUGUGGGAGUAACAUCGUGUAAGAGAGGUGGAACCCGUAAAAUUGUAGUUUGCGUGGUGGCUGGUAAGAUUUGUUGCGGUAAGAAGUUUGCAUGGUGGUAAAAUGUCUUGUGAGUCUGCACAGGUAGCCGGAGGUGAGACUUCCGCGGUCGCGGCCCACCCAGUCCGCGAGAACCGGGCAGAUCGCCUCGACGGUACGGAGGCCGGCUGACGGGUCCGCCAAACGACGAGACCACGCCUCCAGCACGGACUGCCGAUAUUGGAGCCCCCGCGCUCCGGCUGCACUUGCGCUAGGGCGCGCCGCCUCGUAGGAGACUGUGAGCCUGCAAAACCUGAACAACCUCCUCAUCCGUGGGCGCCCGGCUCUCGCCUGCAAGUCGGCUGUUACGUGUGCGGUGAUGCGAGCCAUGUAGCUUCUGGGUGUUCCAUGCGCUACAAGAAGAAAAACGACACUGCUCCAGGUGCUGUGGCAGGUCCAACCAGAGACGUCAACGUGUGUUCCAGAGCUUCAGUGUGUUACAGAUAAGUGGUUUUGGCUUCCCCUUUAUGUUCCAUUGAGGGUCAGAAUGUAGUCUUAUAAAACAAAGCCAUAGUAAUUUAUUCAAUGGUAAGAGGUUUCAUGAACAAGAAACUGAUCUUAAUGAUGACGACUCUAUCACUGAGAAUAGAAGCGACAUUUUUGUCCGCAAAUAGCGAUACAGCAAACAUAGUCUGUGGGUAGUGAUACAAUGUCUGUAAGCUCAGGCACCUCAGGUGCAGGUGUUGGAAAUGUAGAAAACGAUGGUCGGUCUCGCACUAUUUCUGAAGAAAUUCCGUAUAAAUGUUCUGGUUUAAGAAAUGUUUUAACAAACGCUACCGUACACGCAGAUUAAAAGAGAAUUGUAUGUGGCUAGAGAGAUGUUAAUCCGGACUAGCAAAAAAAAAAAGAGAAAAAAAAGAAAGAAAGUGUGAAGUCAUUGAAGGGUCUGUCCGGUCCAAUGGCUUGGCUAUAGGGAUUUUCAUCCAGAUUAGCCACAACAAUUAGCUACAGGGAUUGCGAUUCGGUCUAGCAUUAUCCGGUCCAGUUCGAAAAACUGAAGGGAUAACAAUUCCGGUCUAAGUUAAAAGGGACAUACUUACAUACCUGAAGAGUUUUAAAUGAACUGGCCCAGGUAUGUAAGCAGUCUGAAGGUUAUUUAUAGCCAGUAUAGGAUUUUCUGAAGAAUUAUGCGAACCGAACCGUACUAGAUUGUUAAUAUCAUAGACCACGUUUUAAGUUGCAUCCGUUAAUGUCAGGAUGAACGAACACGUUUGUUGUUCACAGACAUACCAUAAGAAUGCGCGCACGAGGACGAGCGCACGUCAGUAUGGCCGUGACGGCGUUAACGAUAUUUAUGUUAUAUAGCACGUGCAAUAGGAGUGACUCACACAAGCCAGGCGCGCCGUCCGUGUCGUUCCACUCGUAAACAACAGCUGCAACAGAAGUGACUCAUAAGCCAGCUGCGCCGGCUAGUAUAAAAAGGCGGAACGUGCCUUGAAAUGGACAUUCGUUGGACUGCGCUUGCCUGGUGCACUUACUAUAUCCUUGUUACGUUGUGUGAUUCAGUGACUGUUGUACGUACUGGUUAAAGUUGUGUUAACGCCUACGAAAUUUUACUGAGCAAUGUUAAAUUUUUAUUUAUGUUCACCGACACAAUUUUUACACACUUCAAUUAAUGGCCGUGCCAAGCUAACUCGUUCGCAAUGUAAAAAUCAAGAAAAACACUGUAUAAAGGAAAUACAAGCACAAAAUCGAUUGUGGGAGUUUUAUUCAAGAAACCCAAGCAUCCAACAUCUGGCGACCGUCAAAAGAACCUUCAAAAUUCUUCGGAAAAGAACAUUUUUUCAAUCGGAUGGUCAAGUCAUAGUAUCGGUCAGAAACGUAUUCGCCGAAACCAGCUGCCGUCCUCAACUGUAUCCACGGGAUCUUGGAGCUCAAGCCAUUGCAGCCCUCGCCGGUCAUCGAUCAGCAAUCAGCAUCGAGCCGCAGCCCAGGCCAAUGCAGCUAAGUGCCCUUCCCAUACUUUCCCGUCUAUAUAAUCACACCAACCUAAAUUCCAAUAACAUUUUUUCCUAUUUACCCAAAUCGAUUAGUCUGUACUUGUGCUGGUUGUCUUUAUACAGUGUUUUUUUAUCUUUUCAAUAUAAUUUCAAUUCAUUUUAGUUUUUAUCAUAGUGAGUCUUACCCACAUCAUAAAAAUAUCCAAACCAAAAAAGUGUUUCUUAAUUUUCGUUAUUAUUUUCUACAUUGAGUAAUUAUAUUUAUAUUAUUAACAAAGGAAGACAAGCGGACGGCCACCCAACAAUAAGCGGGUACUGUCGCUAGGUACAAAUUUUGCUAGAUAGUUCUUUAAAUAACUGAAUACCCACUGUGCCUAAUUAUUAUUUUUUAUCCUUUCUUGCAUUGUUGUUUUUGCAAUCAAUUCACACAAUUUAGCCGAACAUUCCAGACAAACGGUGCGCCUUCGCACGUUACCUAAUGGCUGCGAUAAAGAAGUUCAGCCCCGCUGGGUCCCAGGGUUCCGGGUGAGAGUGCAGCAGGGCCGGACUCCAGUGCAGGUCACGUCUAGUCGAGGAGCGUGAGAUAACUUUAAUAUUUUUAAUUUAUUAAUUAACUAAACAGAUUUUAUUCUAUUUUUGCAUUCAUUUCAUUAUCUGUAGUACUAGACUUUGCUUUUCUUAUUGCUUCUUUUACCAGUUACAUAUAAUAAUUAUAUUACAUUAAUUUACAAACUUUUUACUUAAUAUAUUAGAAACUUAUAAUUUUUAUUUAUCAUGGGAGGUGAAACUAGUGCAAAAGACUCUCAAGAUUUGCUGGAUCUUUUUGUUAAACGUAGCUCCAUAAAGGGGCAAAUAACUAAAUUUCGGAACUAUUUAACUCAGACAAGCUCAAAAGAAACACUAACUUCUCUUGAACUUGCUGAAUUGACACUUAAGCUUAGCAAAUUUGAGUCACUGUCAAAUCGAUUUGACGACUUGCAGACUCAGAUAGAGGUUUUGAAUCGUAGUGAUUUGACAAACGAGGUUGAUGAGCGAGAUGACAUUGAGCAGUUAUUUAUUACAAACAUCGUUUCCGCUCAAAGCAUUAUUAAACAACAUAAUGCAAGUAAACAUGACGAAAGUAAUUACAAAGAUCUUAACUCUAGUCAGUCAUCAGCUCAGUGUAAUAUCGAUCAUCAUGAUGUUUUGGGAUUUAAAUUGCCCCAAAUACAGAUUGCUAAGUUUGACGGAUCAUAUUUCCGUUGGCUUGAGUUCCGUGACACGUUUCUGAGUUUAAUUCAUAACAAUGAGCGAAUUGCUCCAAUUCAUAAGUUUCAUUAUUUAAUGUCAUACUUAACGGGUGAUGCAGCACGCAUUAUUACUAACUUCGAAGUUUCUAGUUCCAACUAUAAAAAUGCUUGGCAAUUAUUAUGCAGUCGUUAUGAUAAUAAACGUCAGUUGAUAAAUCAUCAUUUAAAUUCAUUAUUAAAUAUUCAACAGACAACUCGUGAGUCUGAUAGAUCUUUAAGAUUUAUGGUAGAUCACAUCACUAAGAAUUUAAGGGCGUUGUCUAGCCUAGGUCAACCUACCGACAAAUGGGAUGUCCUCAUAAUUCACAUAAUGAGCUCAAAGCUGGACAGCCACACUCUUUUGAAAUGGGAGGAGUGUCGUGGCGCGUUGGAUGAUGUACCGAAUUUGGAACAUUUCUAUAAGUUUUUAAUCAAUCGUGCUGACGUCCUUGAGUCUAUAAAUCGUAAUUCAUAUAAAUCAAUGCAUUUUAACUUUACUACUUCUAAUAUUAAUAAUAAGCAAGAUAAGCCAUAUACAAAAUCUUUUGCUUGCACUAGCAAUGAAACCACUGCUUCUGCAAAUCUUAUAUCGUGUGUAGUGUGUCAACAAGGUCAUCGAAUCUACAACUGCCCUACCUUCAUUAGUAAGAGCGUAAAGGAGCGUAUAGCUGAAGUACACAAACUAAAACUAUGCACUAAUUGUUUGAGGCCAGGUCACAAGGUACAAACUUGUCGUCUCGGUCCGUGUCUUAAGUGCAAGGGUAGACACAAUACUCUCAUACACAAACCAGUAGAUACUGUACCUAACAAUAGACUCACUUCCAGUGCCUUGUCCGUGCCACACAGCACUGACGAUACUAUUGUAAAUUUUUCUAAACAAAAUACAAAUCAAGUUUUGUUAACUACAGCCUUAAUCGAGGUGGCUAAUCCACGGACGAACCAAACAGAAAGAGUUCGGGCCCUAUUAGAUUGUGGAAGCCAGUCUUCAUUCAUAACGGAGACACUUAAACAGAAGCUGUGUUUACCGUCAAACUCAAACUGCCAUGUCAACCUUAUGGGCAUAGGCGAUAAUCAUACCGGUAAGGUCACAGAGACCUGUGUGGCGCAAUUGAGGUCAUUAGUCAACCAGUUCAACGUCACAUCAGGCUUUUUAGUAUUACCACAAAUAACAGGUCACAUACCUAAAUUACCUAUAGACACUACACAAAUACAAAUACCUAAAGGCAUCCAAUUAGCAGAUCCUAACUAUCACCAACCAGCGCCGAUUGAAAUACUCAUCGGUGCCGAUCUUUUCUGGGAGAUUCUUGGCCGCGAGACUCACUCUCUCGGUCCUAAUAAUCCAAAGUUAAGGAGCUCUCAGUUUGGUUGGAUUAUUUCGGGUCCUAUGACUACAAUCACUACAUCACACAAAAACAAAACAGUACAAUGUAACCAUUCCAUAAUAUCAAACAGUCUUAAUGAUGACAAUACUAAAAUUCACAAUGACCUAACUAAAUUCUGGGAACUUGAAGAAGUUCCACUAAGAUUCAAAUUUUUAAAAUCAAUUUAUUUAUUAUAAAAAAAAGAAUACAAUAUUCCUAACUGAUCCAAAUUGAGUGAAAGUGAGAAGGCAUGUGAAUCUCAUUUUCUAUCCCACACUUUCCGCUUAGAGUCCGGUAAAUUCUCAGUGAGUUAACCUCUAAAGGAAUCACCCAACUGUCUUGGACAGUCAUACAACUUAGCCAAAUUACGAUUAUUGAAUUUAAAAGGACGCUUUCCUCAUGACAUUUGGCAGAUUCGUGUCACGCCGGAGCAGGCCAACUGAGUUGUUCUGUAAUAACGGACGCAAUUUUGUAGCGGGUUCUAAAUGAAUCAAUAUUUUUUUCAAAAUAAACUCUAAAUCUUUAUCUGAUUCUGCAAGUGAGGAUGGAAUAAAAUUUGUAUUUUUACCAACUUACGCUCCUCACUUUGGCGGAAUCUUUGAGACCGGAAUAAAAUCCGCAAAAUUUCACAUUAAGCGCGUUAUGGGUAAUUCACACUUAACAUUCGAAGAAAUAUCUACUCUUUUCGCACAAGUAGAGGCUAUAUUGAAUAGCCGUCCAUUAUGUCCUAUUUCACCCUCUCCUGAUGACCUCCUUUGCCUGACUCCCGGGAGCUUUCUCAUUGGCCGGGCUCUCACUGCUCUUCCUUCGCCUGUGCUGGAAAACUGCAACUACAAUAAUUUGCAACGCUACGCUCGAUUACAGCAAAUAUAUCAACAUUUUUGGCAGCGCUGGCAGCGUGAAUAUAUUGCUGAGCUUCAACAACGCCACAAGUGGAAGACCAAUUCUUCAAAACCAAAUGUAGGAGAUUUGGUACUGUUGCAAGAAGAUGAUGUUCCUCCCCUCUGCUGGAGACUUGGACGCAUAUCCAGACUAUUUUAUGGUCCAAAUGAUGGAGUACCUCGAGUCGCUGACGUCAAUACUUCUAGAGGCUGCGUGCGCCGCCCGUUGGUUCGUCUGUGUGCUUUGCCUACCGCAGUAGAACUAGAGGGUUGAAACCCGAAGAAUCGACUUUCAACGGGGGGAGGAUGUUAACGCCUACGAAAUUUUACUGAGCAAUGUUAAAUUUUUAUUUAUGUUCACCGACACAAUUUUUACACACUUCAAUUAAUGGCCGUGCCAAGCUAACUCGUUCGCAAUGUAAAAAUCAAGAAAAACACUGUAUAAAGGAAAUACAAGCACAAAAUCGAU